AUGGCUUCUUCACUCCCGGAAGAAAUUUGCCCUGAUGCUACCUCAGUUGAAAUAGAGGCUGCACUGUCGGCAUCUGGAGGCGAUGCUAACCAGGCAGCGCAAGCCCCUCUUGGUAACUCCUGUAAGAGUUUUAAUAAAGUCUCAAGUUUAUUUCAUAGUUAGGCCGCUUUUAACGGUUAAACGAUGAGAGAAGGGCGUUAUUUCGAAUCUUCAAGAAACGAUUUUAUCUCGAAAGCCUUUAAAAAAAAAAAGAAACGAAACAAAACUGGAGUAUUUGCAAUUAAACUGUAAAAUGUCAAAAAAUGCAAGAGAAAUUGACCUGUUUGAUGACAAACCAACUAGGCCACGGAAUGUGACCGGGAUUUCGUAAUAAGGACUAAUUAGGAAUUGUCAAUAGUGUUUUGAAUGAAUAGCUUUUUUCUUUUCUUUUUUUCAAGCGACUUAAUUGUAAAUAGGAUUUUUUAAAAUCCUAUUUACAAUGCUAACUAUUAAAAUAGUUAGCAUUGUUGUCAUAUAUUUAGUUUUUAAUUUGCAAACAAUACGAUAUAAUUUAAAAUUGUAAAAUAUUACUUAUUGUUCUGAUACUUAAAUAAAGAUUGGCUUAUAUUAUAAAAUGACAUGUUCUUUCAGGGUGAUGGGCCAUUAUUAGGGAGGCGUGUUAACUGUUACAGAAUCGGGGCUCGGAGCUUAUAUUAAUAGAGCUUUCAAUAAAAGGUUAAUAUUGUCAUCUCAAGCUACACCGGCCACCACGAGUAUUAUGCUUUUCUCAUAUUGUUAACUUGUCAUUCGAAUAUAUUUCAGGUGUACAGCAGGAAGAAGAUGACGAUGAUGGCGAUCUAGUACAAAUGCUUGACACAAGCAACAAUGCACCCCAACCAGUAGAAGCUAUAGACGCUCUGCGACGGUUCAGGGACGAGAUUAUAGAAACGUCCAAACCACGUAAGCUCUUUAAAGUUUCACGAAUGGAAGGCAUCGAGGAGCUAAAACUUGAUGUUUUUGUCUACUACAAAUCAAAAACUGCUAAUUUAAAGGCUCACCCCAGGGUUAGAUUUGAGCAUGAGGAGGGUGCCGGAAGUGGACCUGUCCGGGAGUUUCUCUCCAUUGCCAUGAAGAUAGCGGAUGAAGGGAUGGCGACCUCAUCCAAACCUGUUAGUUUUUUUGAAGGUGAAAAGGAUCACAGGUUGCCAGUUCACGAUCAAUCUUUAAGAUUGGCAGGAUCAUUCAAGGCAAUUGGUCGGAUUAUAGGCCACUGCGCUUUACACGGUGGUCCCGCCUUACAUGGCCUUUCUCCAGCUGUAAAAUACUACUUGUCUAGUCCUACCGUAGAUCUGUUUGAAACUCCGCCGCCAUUAUCAGUUCAUGACAUUCCCGACAUUGAUCUGAGACAACUAAUUACUGAGGUGAGUUGCAACCGAUAGCUAUCCAGUUGUUACUUUUCUGACUACAUCGUACCGUUGUAAAGUUAAGGCUAAUCAGUAAUUAAGGAAGCCCAUAAUGGGCUCCUGGUAAAUUACAUCAAUAAUGGCAUUCCCUUAAACAGUUGCAUUAACCUUCGUAUUCAAUCUCCUUUUCUCACUCUCACUUAGGACAAAGGUACUAGCGAUUAGAGAUAACUUUAAAUCAGAAAAAGAGAGAGAGAGUUGUUUAUACAGUAAUGAAUCUGUUAAUGUUCAACAGUGACCGCGUUAAUUUACCCCCUCAGAAAAAAAAAUUCUCCUUUACAGAUUGAUUCCCUUGGCAAAGAUGACCGUCCUUCCGCUGAGCUGAGGGCGAGUGUAGGACCAUACCUUUUGGAGGCUGGCCUCGACAUCGAUAAACUCAUCUCAGACCCCGGGUUAAUAACCCAGGGUCUCAUCCUAUUUAAUGUCCUCCUUAAGCGCAAGUCUGAACUCGAUGAUAUCGUCAAAGGUAGGACAUCGGAAAAAUUUUUGAUCAGAUAUUGGUAAAUUUUUAAACACCUAGCAACGGUCGUUUGUAUUUCUUUUCAUUUUCUAGGGAUGGAGGAGUUUGGCCUUGGAAGUGCCCUGAAGAAAUGGCCGGUUUUGGCAGAUGCCAUCUUUCCGGAAGACAGCAAACGAAGCAUUCGGGCUGAAGAGUUUAAGAGGAAGGUGGCGUUCGAGGAAAGAGAGGCGAAUGCAAAGACGGCUGAUUACUUCGUUAACUACAUCGAAUUGAUGGAAUCACGGAAAGAGGACGGUAAGUUACGGUCAUAACUGAAAUCACAAAAAUUAUAAUGAACGACAUAUUACUGUUAACCGAGGGUGAGGUCACUACAGGGAAUUAUGAGACUGAGGCCUUGAUAUAUCGAGGUUAAUACACCAAGGCUAUCUUUUUUUUUUACCAUUACGAACCCAUUAUUUUAAAUCUAAUAAUACGUACAAUUUUUGUCAUGUUGAAUUGAAAAACAAGAAUAGCUUUUUUCUUUUUUCAGACGGCGCUAACCUUGUAGAUCUCUGUAGCUUUUGGACGGGAACCAACACAUUACCAUCAGGAAUCACGGAGAUGCUGAUUAAAUUCGAUGACAAUAUCGAAUUGCCUAUAGCAGAUACGUGCGUCUUAAGCAUGACUAUUCCUACUAAACACCAUACCUUUGAAGAGUUUUGUAAAUAUUUUGACAUAGCGAUAAAGUAUGGGGGGCAGGGUUUCAGUUUCGCAUAG